CACAAAUAAUAGUCUUAAAAAAAUCCAUAAAAUAUUUAAAACAAAUAUAUAUACGGAAAGAACACAAAUACAAUGACUUCAAUAAGUAUGAACCCCGUACCUCAGGCAUCUGGCAUUGCAGAAGCCGUACCCGUGUGGAUGAAAUUUGACUGGAAUCCAAAUAUACAAUACGAUAUAUUCAAAGACUGGGGCACAUACUACUUAAAUCUGCACAGAGAGAAUAAGGCACUGUUUUAUUAUAGCAAGGCAUUGGAACUUGUAGACGAGGAUUAUAUGACGCUCUUUCGACGUAGUCAGGCCAAGCGUCAGGCAGCACAGAUUAAUGGAGCAUUGAUCGAUGCUAGACUGGCUUCAAGUAUGGCAAACGCAAAAAUGGGAGCAAAUGCGCCCAUUAGGCUUCAAAUAUGCGAUGCUCUAACUGAUCUAAACAAUUUCGAGCUCAGCGAUUUGGAGUUGCAUGACAAUGUUCGACAGUUUGUUGGCGCUAAGUCGAGUCUCUUCCAGAAGCGUCUCUUGGUGAUUGAAGCUAUUAUUAAAGUUGUCACUGGCCGCGCCAUGCCUCUGUUCUUCUUGAAAAACUAUAAGCUGGUUCAACAGGCGAGUGAUGUUUACAAAGCUUCUCUUAUUAAAGAUACCCGUCCCUUGUGGAAGAUAUUGCGGUAUACUUAGCAUUCCAGAAAUUGAGGAAGUGCUUUUGUCACCACUGGAAAAAGCGCGCAGAAGACGCGCAUUUAAUGUAAUUCAUCAGACCUAUUUAAAUGACUCCUGGGUUGAUGUUCUUUUUAUGAAAGAGUUACGUAAGAAUCCCAGUUUGCUGCUAGAUCAAUGCAAGCGUUCCAAGAGAUGGCUUCAAAUACUGUCCGUUGAGCAAUAUGAUGUUGUCAGACAGUUUAU